AACUUUGAAUUUUUUCGAACAGCUGUUAUCAACAGAGAGUACUCUAAUUGAUAGUUGAUUUGCUCUGUUUAAACUUGAUAUGAUGUAUGUAUGUCUCUCCAUUUUUGUGAAGAUGAUACGCAUUCAGCUGGGAUUCUUGCUGAUAACAGUUGCCAUUUUUAAUAUUGUGUAUGGGUACGAAAAUGAAAUGACGGUCUAUAUAGAAGCUGGCAAAAAUGAGUGCUUUUAUCAUCCAGUACGUAAUGGUGAAACCAUCGAUAUAGAAUAUCAAGUAAUUGACGGUGGACAUGGGGACUUAGAUAUAAGCUUCUCAUUGCUUGAUCCUAUUGGAUUAGUAAUAGUUAGUGACUAUAAAAAACCCGAGAAUAUACAUCGCCACGAAGCGGGUAAGUCAGGUGAUUACCGCUUUUGUUUCGAUAAUACAUUCAGUUCGUAUAAUCGCAAAACUGUGUUCUUCGAGCUAAUCAUUGAACAAGAAGGACAAUCAGCUUUUGAUAAUAAUUGGGAUGCGGACGCUGCUGGCAAGAAAUUGGAGGAACUGUAUGACAUCCAAGUUCACGAAAUUAUGGAAUAUGUUGGACGCGUACACAUGCACAUAGCGAGGGCUCAUCAGAUACUAAAUAUGUUGCGAUCUAAUGAAGCACGCGAUCGCAACUUGGCAGAGGCAAAUUAUUCUAAAGUAAAUAUGUGGUCACUGUUCCAGAUUUGUGCUAUGAUUUCGGUAGGACUUAUACAGGUAUUCAUGGUGCGAAGUAUCUUCGAUACAAAUACUCGUAUGAGUACAUUCUGGAAAAAAUUGGGAUUGUGAUACGCAUUAAAACUCAGUCAGCUGAAGAGGCGAAUAGGUUGCUGUGCUAUAAACACACCUCCCUGCCAAGAUAAGUCUCAACAUCUAAAACCAAAGAUACAUUUUAAUAAAUUUUUAAGAAAACCACUUAUGAAAUGUAGAAUACUCAAAAGGUUCAUACAAUGGAAAUGCUAUUUAAAUUAAGAGAUCUCAAAAACCAGUCAACUAGGAAACGUAACAUUUGGCUAAAUCGAAUAACAGUUUGCCAUAUUAAAAUUAAGGAAUCAUGUUAAGCAUUUUUGUUGUAUAAAACCUCACAAACACAUUUGAUUUUGUAAUUAAAUAAAUCGAAAUUUAUUUUCCUCUUAA